AUGUCCAACGUGCUUUCGAUUGCACCCUUGCCGACGCCUCCAACUGGGACGUCACAGUUCAUUGGCGGCUCAUAUGCGGGGUUUGGUAUUGAACCAUCCAACCUCUACUCUUACACUGGAGGCUCUGUCACCAAUACCUUGUCGGUGAAUCUGCUAAACAACUUGGCGAAUUAUACUGGAGCACCGCCACAUCUGCGCAUUGGUGGCAAUACAGCUGAUUACAUGAUCUAUGUCGCUUCACACGAUAGCUACGAUGUCAGCCCCAACCCCGACGCGGUUGGCCAAGGCAGAUUUGCCACUGACAGCUUGAUAUUCGGCCCUCGAUAUUUCGAAGUUCUCGACAGAUUCCCUCCGGGGAGUCCGAUCACGUUCGGCCUCAACCUUGCCUACAGCGAGUCGGACUACCUUGAUCAAAUUGUCUCGUCGGCUGAUGCAGCAAGGACUGGCUUGAAGAACGUGGACCUGGUCUCCUUUGAGAUUGGCAACGAGCCGGAUCUGUAUCUUCAGAAUGAAUUUCGCAGCGGUCAGUGGGAUGGCGAGGUCUAUACCGACCAAUGGUUAGAUCGGGCCAGCGCUGUGUAUCAACGAGUUCUGGAGCCAAAUGGCAUUCCAAGCAACUUCUUUGAGCCAGGGUGUACCGCUUCAACGAUUGGAAAUAACUUUCGGAUCGAGGACCUGGUCAGCUUUGGCAUUGCUGAGACGAAUGGUUCCGCCAAUUCUUUCAUCAGUUCAUGGAAUCAACACGACUACUAUUACUACAUCGGAGUGUCGUCAUACGAACUAACCAUGGAGCGCUUUACCGAUUUCUCGACAACCAUAACCCAGUUCCGCGAUUGGACGCUCCAGGUGCAGCAGGCGACGGACACUGGAUAUCCUUACUUGCUCAGGGAGAUGGGAGUGGUAGGGCCAAUUGGCUAUGCCGGAAUCACAGAUACCUUCGCCGCUGCCCUCUGGACCUUGAACUUCUUCCUGUAUGCGGCUGGGCUAAACAUAUCAUCAGUGCAGAUGCACAUGACGGACAAUAGCAACGCCAGUGCGUGGCAGCCCAUACCUUUCUAUGGCAAGCAACCCUAUAUCCGCCCUGUCUACUAUGGUUAUGCAGCCAUGGCACAACUCAUUGGACGAGGUUGCUCUACCCAGGUGAUAGGGAUACCGUUUGAGACAUUCCCAGCGGGAUACGAAGACCGCAUCGGAGUUUACACGACGUAUCAAGAGAGCAAGUUGGCUGCUUUGGUCUUCAUCAACAGCUUCGUUGCCAAUGCUUCCGAUGACAAGGGGAGCCUCACCAUCGAUGUUUCAUUGCCGGACUUCUCUGGUCAGACGCUCUAUUUGUCCUAUCUGACAGCAGAAGGCGCCGACUCCACCCAGGGUACCACUUGGAAUGGCAUCAGCUAUGAUGUCAGCGGUGAUGGCUCACCUACCAUAGUCAGCUCUGACACACGGAAUAUCACUGUCGGCAGCGAUGGAAGAGUGUCUGUCGAGGUGAGAGACAGCCAGGCAGUGGUGGCGAACAUUGGUUCGGUCAUUGGCUCCGCACCUGCUCCAGCGGACAGGGUCUGUGAAGCUGUGACCAUGGCUGAGGUCACACCAACGAGCUUUUCCAUAUCAGCCGCGACAUCCAUACCGGCAUCUUCAACCCCAUCUUCGAGAUCUGAGAGUGGAGCCAUAAGCAUGCCCUGGAGCUUUCUUCUCCUUGGUCUCCUUGCGUUGCCGGUACUGGAAUUUUUCCCUUGA